ACUGACCAGUAUGCAUAGCUCCGAUCCAUCUCUCCUACUCAAGCCAAUCGCGCGGCGAGACAGAUCAACAUAAUCUCGGAGAUUGUGCUGGAGGCACUUCUUCAGUGCGACUCGCCAAGGAGAUUCAUUGAGUCCCCGAAGCGCUCAGAUGAUUCCCACUUGAUCCAUAAUGAAGGGCAAACUGAAGCCAGAGGUGGCGGUGUGACCUUGCCCCGUGAUCUGCAGGAAAAUCAUCGGUGCCCUCCGGCCAGUCAUCGCAGAGAAACAGCUCGUGGUCCGAACCCUGCUGGACUGGCUGAACGAGCACCAAAUGUUCAGACAGGGUAUCAAGCCUAUCUCACAGAAACUGCGGGAGGCAGCCAACGAAAGGCCGUUCCAGCUGCGCAGGGACCAUUGGAUCCUUUCCCUCCCUUGUCGACCAACUUGAUGACGACUACUCUUGAAACCGGAGUUGGGAACGACACGAUCCAGACAAGCUGUUGCAGCUGUGGCGGGCAUAAAACCACUUCGAUUCCACCGAUGCAGUCUGUUUCGAACGUAGAAGAGGAGGAACAGAAGCAGAGCUUUGGCAGCGGCGAAUAUCUAGACUGCCUGGAAUACUCUGGACCGUCAAGCCUCAACGAUGAAAACAGAAUGACUGCCGAUUCUGGUACUUGGACCGCAAGUCAACCUCAGAACAAGACCACGGCGAACGCAGCUCCAUUUGCGGCGACCUGGGCAAAGGUUGCAGCGAUCAAGCCGACUGAGCCGGUUUCCUUUGGUCGUUCGCAGCGUUCGGCCACCUUCCCCUUGAGCAAUGGGCCCGCGAGGCCUACGAGAAAAUAUAGCGUUGCACGACAAAGCGAGCCCAUUGCUGAGCAGGGCAGGGUCGUAUGGCUCGUCAAUUGUCCGGAAAAGAUGACGCUUCGCGAGGUCUCAAAGAAGAUCAUUGAGGGUGCGCUAAUGUCUGUUGUCUUUGUCGAUGAUCAUGAUGAAAUCUGCCCGGGUCGCGCGGCCUGUGUCAUCUUCCAAAAGGCAGAGGCGGCGCAGGAGUUUUAUGAAGCCAAUCGAGCAGUCCCGCCCGAGGGGCAGACGUCCAAAUAUGGCAAAGGCGUGCGGGUUGAGAUGGGCGGAAAUUUCCCAGCGGAUGAAGAUAUCCAGAGCAUGAAUAUGUUUCCAAAUGGUGCGCGUCGCCGCCUUACAUUUGUACGUUCGCAGCUCUUUGUCGGCCUUUCUCGAGCCAGGUUCGAGCGCGACAUCAAGGCCAUUGCCGGCGCAGAUAAUGUCGAGUUGAUCCAUAUUUACAAUACGGGCAACGCUACCGUGGUGCUGGCCAGUGUCAAAGUGGCAAAGGCAUUGCUGAAACAUUUUCAAAUGUACGCAGCUCGGGACGGACCUUACAAGGACGUGGAGGUUAGCUAUUCCAAGGACCCCUGCGAGGCUGAGAUGCGACUCAUCUCGGCCUUUAUGGGAUAGAUCUUGAAGGUUGUGGAUGCAGAAACGAGUGGGGAUGUGAAUCAUGAAUCAUUGGAGUUUAAAAUUGUAUCUUAACAGUGGAAAGUCUGGACAUGGUGCAUUAUCAAUAAGUCUGAGAGAACUGUUUGUUACAAAAAAGACGACGCAAUGUGUUUGAAGCGGGAGGCCAGAUUGAAGUGCUCAUGUGCGCGCGAUGCAUCGAGACUACAGAGGGU